GUCACGAAAGGGGGGUUAUUUCAUAGGUCAAUGGGCUGGCGCUCAGAUGCCUCUUUCGAAAUAACAUUAUCUGUUGUCGCUCAGGUACAGCCCUUUUCCUUUCUUUUUUUUUUAAACAUUGGUUAAUAGAUUCAAUUGGCACGAAUCGAGACACUGAAAUCUUGGUCUUGGCUAGUUAACUUGUAGCAGGCUGGUUCGCUAGCUAGUUGGCUAAGCUUGCUAAAGUUAGCUUAGUAGCUAGCUAAUUUAUACAGCCAGUGUUAUGAAAGCUGGAAACUAGCUAGCUUGCCAGACGUUUUAUGUGAGGUUAGUUGUAAUAUGUUGGGUAGAUACUAGGUAGUUAACGUUUGUCGAAUGUUUUGUGAGCUUGCUACUAAGGUUACCUUAGAGUUGCCUAAAGUAGCACAUGUUAGGUAUAACUUCUAUCACUGCUUGCUAGCCAGUGUGUAACUCCGUUUGAUUACUUACAUUUAUUGGCGCUCUUAUCUAAGCGACUCUAACUAAUUUUUUUUUUUUUUUUUUUUUUUUUUUUUUUUUUUUUUUUUUUUUUUUUUUUUUUUUUUUUUUUUUUUUUUUUUUUUUUUUUUUUUUUUUUUUUUUAUAUUUUUCUAUAUCUGGCCCCCGUGGAAUCAAACCCACACCCUAACGCCAUGCUCUACACUGUCUCAUCCCUGUGCCUUCCUCCCCUACCUGGACGACGCUGGGCCAAUGUUGCGCGCCCCAUGGUCUCCCGUCCAAAGAGCCUAUUCGAACCAUGUGGCAAGUUACACUGCGACAGUGACCUGGCCCAAAAGCAUUAAGGCAAAGUUCGUCGUUAGAAUCUUCGAAGGAGCAUCAUUAAGUCUCCGAGCUGUUUCCCAAAACCAUCGUUAUUAAUGUUGCCUGACUCAGCCACUCGUAGAACUAGCGUGUGUCGUGGAUUGUUUUUUUCCCCCCAGCUUCACUUUAUACACGAAUCUCCGCUAAACAUAGAAUCACAUGGUUUUUGCAUUUAUCUUUCUGUCACCGCCGAUUACCGAUAACUUCAGAACGAAGUGCACUACAAAUAAAGUGGCCAAUGUCUUUGCAAUUGAUUCAAACAAGCUAAGUAUAAAAAUAUGCUUCAAAUGAAUGACUGCAUUAAAAAUAAAUUAUUUCAAACAUAUUGAUAUUUUGCUGCUUGUAGGCUGCUGUCUGUAAUUUGUCUCAAUAUUUCAUGAUGUGUAGCCUAACGUGCCGAAUUGGUAAUUUAGUGUUUUUUUAUUGGGUAGGCCUAAAGCAUUAUAAUAAGCAGCCUCAAUAUUUGCAGCCAUAGAUGUAAUAGUCGCUGAUCCGUCGUCAGUAUUGUGAAAUAAUUAUAAUGUUAUGGUAAGAUUUAUAUGGAGAAUGCUGAUCUGAGAGCAGCGCUCCCUUUAUUUCAAUACUAUCAGUAUUGACACAUGCUCCAACAACGCACUUAGCGAACGUUCUCUCUGAGUGGUGUUUUGAGAAACGCAUGUUACAUCUUCAGCUGUUGUAGGAAAGAUGCAUUGUUAAAACACUCGUAAGCCUAAAUUCCAUCCCUAUCGGGAAACCGGGCCCUGGUCAGAUGGCUAUCUGUGCAGAUAACUAGCUAUGUGAAUGGGCUGGCAUCCUCAGAUGGAGCCGCUGAGCCGGAGGAGCGUGUAUUAGUCCUGCUGUAGGACUCAUUGCAGCCAGCACUAGCAGGUCAAACGAACGACUAAAAUGAACGAGUCACUCAGAAAAACGAAUCAUGACUCUGGAGUCAGUAAAAAUAGUAGUUAAAAAAGCACGAAUCGUUCGCGAACCGAUCAUUACUACUCAUAAGCCAAUCGCAGAAUGUGACGACAGAACUGAAGCAAAUCGUACAAUCUGGCCAGGUUGAUAUCAAUAUUUUAAUUUGGUAACAUCGCAUAGUGUGACGCGAUAAUCGUAAAAGACUGAAUCUGACAUAGUCUGCAAAGGCCUUUAAGGCUAAAUUCAUCAUUAGAACCGUGGGAUCUUAUGGUUCUAACGAUGAACUUAGCCUUAAGAUGCUUUUGGGAAACUGGAACCAGUAUGUUUGGUGUAGUAGCUAGCUACUAUGUACUGUUUAUUUUAUCUAGCUAGCUAUUUUAUUUGCCAAUGUUAUCUUUGGCCCAUAGCUCAAUUAGAUGGUAACUCAGUAAGUAAGCUUGCCACCUGGUUUGGUUUAUGAUAGAAUGUCUAAAUAAUACUUUGAUUGUGUCAGCUGAAGAGUAGGCCUAGUCUUAGGAAUGCCGAAGAAGUUCCAGGGCGAGAACUCAAAGGCGAUGACUGCCAAGGCCCGCAAGUCAGAGGCCAAAGCAGUGGAAGACGCCCGCAAGAAGAAGGAGCUGGAGGAUGCUUUAUGGCAGGAGAACGAUAAACAUGUCCUGAAGAAAGAACAGAGGAAGGUGAGACCUUUCUUGCUCAGUUUCCUAUUCUCACACUGGAUCAAAUAGUCUGCAGCACUAUUAAAUUGGGCUGUAUCACAAUCCAAUGUCUGGCUAUGUAUGUACAGACCAGGCGAAUCUACUAAGUAAUUCCAUGAUAUGUUGAAGUGGGUCUGAUAAUUUAGACUUUACUUUAAAUGUAUUUUCUCUGAACCUGUAGGACGACAAGGAGAAGAAGCGCCUUGAGGCCCUGGAGAGAAAGAAGGAGAACCAGCGGCUCUUGGAUGAGGAGGCUGCAAAGAUUAAGGGCAAGGCCAAGGAGGCUGCUGCUGCUGCUGUGGCGGCGGGCAAAGUGACCCGGGCCCAGAUUGAGGAGACGCUGCAUGUCGAGCAGCAGCUACAACAGCAGGAGCAUUCCAAAGAGAAAGGCAAUGACCAUUAUUCCUUUAAACAUUAACCAGGCUCUCUUUCCUCUCUGGGUUAUGUUGUAUUCUUAUGUUACCCCUCUCCUAUGUUUGUGUCCACAGAGAAGAGUCACCUGGAGUCGCCCCUGGAGGAGAAUGUGAAUCGCAUCAUCCCUGAGGAAGGUGCAGUGGAGGCUAGAUCCAUAGAGGAUGCCAUUGCUAUGCUCAGGUACAGAAUACUGAAGAGGCAUAACCUCUCAAUGUUACCCCCUACAAAAGCAAUGUUGAGAUUACAGUAGAGAACAAGGGGAGCCUUUCUAUCAGUGUACUAUACGUUAUCAACAUAGUGGGUUUGGUGUGACCUACAAUGUAGAUAUAACAUAAGUUACUUUCCGUACUCCAGGCUAUAUAAAAGAUGAAGCAGGCAUGACAGGUAUAACAAGUAUGGGGUUCCAUGGAGUAGCUAAACUGAGAGAAGUCAAGAUAGCCAAGUUUCAGCCCUCUACUCUUUUUUUCUUUUCCAGCAUGGCUGAAGAGCUUGACCGCCACCCCGAGCGCAGGGUGAAGGCAGCGUUCGCCGCGUACGAGGAGCUGAACAUGCCCCUCCUUAAAAAAGAGAACCCCAACAUGCGGCUGUCGCAGCUCAAGCAGCAACUGAAAAAGGAGUGGAUGAAGUCACCAGAGAACCCCCUGAACCAGCGCUUUGCCAACUACAACACCAAGUGAACCAACUCCAGCAGCAGCUAACACAAAACUGUUACCUAUGCACAUUGGCCCUUACAAUGGAAGAUGCCUCCAACCUAUAAUUAUUCCCCCAUUAUGAAUGCGUUGCUGGAAAAGCUGCACUCACUCCCUAGGAAGGACCUCUGAUGCAAGGAAUCGCCUUGGGACUUCAGCUUGUUUCAUUUAGAGGAAAAGCAACCCCCCCCCCCCCCCCCCCCAUCCUUUUGAUUUUCUGUUACUGUGCAUUCCCACUUGUGAAGCAUCUCAGCGGUUUAUGGAUUUUAUUCCCAUUAUCAGUUUUUGCCACUUAAGUUGAAAAUGGGAGGGUGUGUGACAGAAGUUUGAGAUUUAAAAUAAUUUAUUUCAGUUCACAAUACUAGCAUCUAAUUGUUUCUGAGAGUGAGACUACAGGUAUGUCGCUUUGGAUAAGAGCGUCAGCUAAAUUACAAAAAUGUCAAAUGUGGUCUGCACUCUUGCCUAUAGUAAUC